AUGGCUGAGACCUCUACCAAGAGGUCUCUCCAGUCCAACGGUCAACUACUUCGCAACCAAAAGAUGCGCACAACCUGUAACGCCUGCCAGCAAGCGAAGAUACGAUGUAGCCACACCUACCCAUGUGACCGUUGCGAGAGUCAUGGGUAUCAAUGUGUCUAUUCAAUCUCGCAGCCGUUGGGCCGGCCGGCCAAGAGAAAGAUGAUUCGGCCGGCAGCAGCAGGGACAGGCAUCAAGAUGCGUAGAAAGGAGGUGGAGGGAGUUGACCGUCCGACGAGGCUAGCCCCAGAAGAGAGGGCGCAAAGGGCGCGCAGGGUCCCGAGUCGGAUCCCGAGUCCAACUACAUCAUCCGGCUCGGGUCCUAGCUCAAGGGAAGAGUCGUACAAGAGCGACCCUAGCACCGGCACUGAAGUUACACCACCAAAGGGAAACUUUCAGUGGUCGAGUUUCACAAAUCUGCUCUCGGAUGUUGCAGGAAACCACAAGAUUGGACAAGGGAUCCAGGACCACGAGGCCGAAAACCGCGCGGAUCCAGGAUUUUCCGAUACCAGCCCGGAUAGCUCGUUUGAACAAAAUGACGGAUUCGAAAGUUCUGGGGGUCCCCGUUUUUCUGGGCGUGUUGACUAUUCCACACAGUGUUAUACUUCCCACAUCGGUUUGAUGGUCGAUGAACCCCCCAUUGAAGGGUUCCUCCACACCGCUGCGCCGGACAUCCAGUCUGGGUCACUCUUUCAAGGUGGUGCAAUUUACCCGUUCAGCCUCGCACCGAACGCAAUUCAGGUCUCCGGAACAGUACGGAAUCCGGCUAGAAUCAUGGACUUGCCCUCCAGUGAAAUCUGGCACGAACCGGUAGAUACUGAUUCCAGUCAAUCUCUCCCACUGGAAGAUAUUGAUCUUGAGGCACUGCCGGAAGACGCUUCUUCCCUUCACUGCAAUUGCUAUGCCCAGGCAUUUAGUGAAGUCAUGCAAUCGGAGGAGGUGAAUGGGCCGAAUAAAAUAUUGCUCCACCUGGAAAGGGUGCAGCAACAGGGAGUGGUCAUCCUUCAAUGUCAAUCAUGGCGAUUGAGAAAGCGGCACGGGCGUUGA